AUGAUUACAACACUAACUGUCGUGGUGGUACAUCUACUCGCUCUGACCUUCCUUUUCGAACCUUUACAAGUUAACAACUAUGCACAGAUCUUCGAAAGUAUCGCAAACUUCAAUGUCACUUUCGAUCAACCGCUAUUGGAGCGGUUGGUAGCUUUCAUCCAACCGGAAACCCCAAAUGCCCCCAGCGCAUUAUCAAUCAUGUCGAGGUUGCCGGUUUAUAUGCGCAAUCCAGACCCUUACAUUAUGGAGAUCGGAGUAGCAUAUAUCAAGAUGUGCGAUAUUGUCCAGAGAAUUCGUUCAUUUCUAGACCAACUCCCAACCUCAAACUCAGACUCAUUUUCCUCGCCACUCACCCUUCAAAAAGCUCAGCUGCUAGCGCAAUAUGCUACCAUGCUUACAAUGCUACUGGUUUUAAAUGCACUUCUUCGGUUAUUUGAUCCGGAUAAUCCGGUACUACGAUCAGAGACUCACUCCAACUGUGAACAGAUCUUGUUGGAAGCCCAGGCUGCUUAUUGCUAUCGUCCGCUUGGUGCGGCAUAUUUUGCCGUAUGUCUUGUCGUCGCUCUGGCUAUAUCGGACGAUUCCGAGCAGAUAGUCCGGAUCAAGAAAGUCUUAGCGGACUACCAAGCCGAUUUUAGACAUGCUGGGUGUAAAAACCAGUCUGUCCACCUGGCGAGGAUUUUGGAUUACCACCGGACCCGAUUGAGAGCAGGCGCUGGCGCUUUGGUAAAAAGGCAAUCAGAAGAGUCUGAGGCAUGUUGUAUGAUGUGA